AUGGGUAAACGUGCCGGGUUCGCCGCUAAGCUAACCAACGAGAGGCUGCCACGUCACACGGAAAAGCAGGGAUCUAGGGUUUGGUUACGGCAUGCGAUUGGUGAUUUUGUUCGGUGGCAAGGCGAUGGUGGGAGGUGUUUAGUCGGUGGUGGGAGGUGGUUGGUAGGUUGUGGAAGACGGUGGUGGGAUGUGGUUGGUCGGAAGACAGGGGUGAUGGGUGAUGGUGGGGGCGGUGGUUCUAACAGUGGGUUACGGUGGUGGUUGGUCGGCGGCGGUGGUUCUAACAGUGGGUUAGUGGCUGGUGGUGGCGGUUCGACGGCUGGGUGGUGGGCCGGCGGCAGCGCCGCCAUGAGCGGCGGAGGCCCUGGUCUCCUCCCAACGAGUUGA